AAGAAUAACCACUUGCUUACUACAGCAGCAUCGGCCCAUACCCACCAGGAUAUCUUGCACAAACAGCGCCGCAAGUCCUGUAUAUACAGUCCCGAAGCUGUCUUCUAGGUGAGCACUAGAUUCCUGCCCCUGGACUCACCAAUAACCAUUGCCGUCUGAUAACCCGAUUUGGUUCAGAGAUCUCGACAGACAUCUCUCGCAUAGAUACUAGUCCCCAAUCUGCAGUACAUGGAACCCCCAGCGCCGACCAUGUCAUCCUCCACCAGAAAGACGCCAGCGACCACGCCACGUCAGACCAUGCAAGGUCAUACCGACUGGGUAACAGGUGUUGUCCAUCUGCCCAGCGGAAGACGCAUAAUCACAUGUUCAGCGGACGGCUCACUCCGACUAUGGGACCUAGAGCGCGGCGCACAGAUAGGUGAGGACUGGCGAGAGGAUGGACUAGGAAUGCGGUCCAUGGCAUUGUCUCCAAACCACAAGACAGUUGCAAGUGGAAGCGAUAACGGGACAGUGAGGUUGUGGGAUGUCGAGACGAGGAAGGUGAUCUCCAAAUGGACGGGACACGCCAAAGUCGUGUGUGCAUUGUGCUGGAGUGCGGAUGGUGAGCGAGUAGCGAGUGGAUCCUGGGAUGGGACAGCACGAGUCUGGGAUGUCGAGAGCGGCAAAACUAUCCUGAAAAUCAAAACCGGACACGAGUGGGCGAUCGCAGUGAUGUACUCCCCUGAUAACGAAUACAUUGCAACGGGCGGAGACAACAAGGAUGCAGUCAAGAUCUGGAAUGCGAAGACGGGCAAACUGACCACCACACUCAAACAUGAUAACUAUGUUCGGAGCUUAACCUGGACGUCGGACGGAAAGAAGCUUAUCUCCGGUUCAUAUAACCCGAUUAGGAUAUUCGACACAGCCACUUGGCAGCAGAUUGCCAUUCUUGAGGGUCACACACAUGGUGUCAGAGCCUUAUCCUUGUCUCCCAACAACCGCCUCCUUGCAAGUGUGUCAUAUGAUAAAACAGCGCGCCUAUGGAAUCUUGAUACAAAUCUCCCGAUCGGAUCACCCCUCCAGCAUGAAGAUGGUUUGGAGUCCGCGGCCCUUUCUGCUGACGGAACAGUGCUAGUCACUGGUUGCAAAAACGGAAAUGUGUACACAUGGGACAUUCAUGCCAUCCUCAAAGAAUCUGGCCUGGAAGACCUACUGUCCACUGGUACAAAUAAUGCACCAAAUGACGGACUCGAACAGAAGGCAUCUCAAGGCAAGUUAGCAAUAGAGCGAACCCCCCGCUCUUCGCUAAGUGACAAGUCAUUUUUGGAAGCUGAUGCUACGCGAUGUCACAACGAGUCCGGGGGUCAUGUCGAUGAUCUCCCACCUGGGUUUUUUGACAGCAUGGAGGCCGAAGUUCACCCCUCCCAAACGGGUGGUGCCCACCCUCAUUCUUAUGCAAGUGCACUCCUCGCUCGUCUUUCCUCGCUCCUCUACCGCUUUCGGCACGACAAUGAUGAAGCGACCGAAUUUCCACAACCCCCGACGCCUUCGAGGUUACAUCUACAUGUGCUCCUCGCUCGCCUGUCCUCACUCAUUCACCGUUCUCCACCUGAAAUCAAUGAAAACGAUGCAGCAGGUGAACUUCAGCCACCAUCUACGCCUUCACGGUUAGAUCCACAUGCGCUCCUCGCUCGACUGUCCUCGCUUCUUCCCCGCUCUCGCCUCAACACCGAAGAAGAAACCGAACCUCAUCCCACAACACAUUCGGGUUCACGUUCAAGUACACUCAUCGAUCGUCUAUCCUCACUCUUCCACACCGGCGAAGCAACCGAACCUCAGCAACCCCCAACACCCUCGGGGUCACGUGCAGGUGCAAUCAUUAGUAGCUUUUCCUCGCUCUUCCGCUCUUCACCCAACGCCGAUGAAGUAGUCGAACUCCAGCAAUGGCCAAGGCAAAUCACCUCCUCUCAUUGCAGUCCUCAUGUUGUCGAAGUCGCUGCGCAACGAGACAAGAAGGCAUUGUAUGUUGCUCGCCGACCGAAAACAGCUAGCGAAAAUGCGAAACGCAUCAAGAAUCCCAAACCGUGGGAGCGUCUCAACGAGUUGACCCUGUUCAUUCUCGACCGAUUUACAGUCAUUUUAGGGUUCUUGAAGACCCAGAAGAUGAGCACUGCAAGUUCUGGCGGGUACAGCAUCGGGUGACGGCAUGCCGCACAGCCUGCAAAACAUGCUGAAGGAUUUGACGAUAUCGAGUUAGAAAGUAGGCCGGAAAAAACAUCAAAGUAGAGAGGAAAUGCGGCUCCCAUCGAACUUUGUCGCCAUCUUGGAGUCCCUUACAUAUAAGGUACACACAGUGUCGGUCGCAUACCUGAGUGCUUCGUCUACACAGCAAUGCAGCUGUAAAGCCAAGACAAGGAUGACGCAUGGGGUGUGCCUUAAAAGACAGCCGAACGAGCGUCCAACUUCCUCUUCUCCCAACUAGACAUCCAUCAAUAUUGAGCACUGGGCUCGUCUGAGCGGUGCCUCUCGUGAGUGAUACUGUAGGCUCUUCUACAAGUUAAAG